GAUUAUUAUAUUGUUAGAAUCUAGACUACGGAGACCACUAAAGUCAUGUGACCGUCCACAUGACUUCUCGGGAUGUUGAACUGCCCGACUGUACCUGUGUAAGGUGCCUGUAUGCUUGUAAAUCGCUCUACCUGUCUUUGGCAAACAUGGCUAAACAUUACUCAUGUUCAUCAUGUCUAACACACUGACUAUUCUGAUAUACGCCUCCUUCUGCCGCCCUACUGAUCCUGGGUAUCUGUACAAGUCGAUUUAAGGAUGUCGGCGGUCCGGCUAAGACACCGGAUACAAUUCACACAAGCAGUUAACCGGUCGUGGGCUUCAACGUGGAGAAUCAGUCGACUGCCAACUGUAUCGUACUACUCUCAAUGCCAUGGAGUCCAGCGCGUCGGCAUGGCUACUCCCUGGGUCGAGCAGUUCCCGCGAACUGCACGACCCUUCAUGGAUGAAAUUGACGGCAUACUGGGGUUUUCUCUAUCCCGUAUAAUAUCCGACGGCCCAAAUUCGAAACUAAAUGAGACGGAGAACUCACAGCCUGCGAUAAUGGCCACGUCGAUAUUGAUACUGCGUAUACUGGAAAAAGAGUUCGGUUUUGACACAAGAAACCGUGUUGACGUGACUCUUGGGCACAGCCUUGGUGAAUAUGCCGCUUUAGUUGCCGGUGGUUACAUCGAAUUGCAACCAGCCCUCAAAAUGGUCCGAGGUCGCGCGGAGGUGAUGGCUCAAUGCACCCAUGAUGCUUCGAGGCAGACUGGUGAAGACUAUGGAAUGGUUGCUUUGGUGUGUGAGCCAGAGCAUCUUGAUGGAUUGAUAUCGACAAUCCAGGAGUUCUUGGGCUCUAGCUCCUCUGGUUCAAAGGAUGACUCGAGCUACGAACUACCGUCUAUCCAGCAAGUUAUGAUUGCGAAUAUUAACUCUAAAAACCAAAUUGUGCUUAGCGGAAGUAUUGACCGGAUCAAGACGCUCCUCGUCCAACUUCGCCAAUUUGGAGGCCACGAUCCCCGUGCUGUGAGACUUAAAAGUGACAGUCCCUUUCACAGUCCUAUUAUGGCACCCGCGGCACAUUAUAUGAAGAAUGCACUCGAGCAUGCCACUGUUGCAUUCCCAGCGGCAGUGCCAUGCAUAUCUAAUGUCACUGCUCUUCCAUUCCGGUCACGAGAAGAACUCAAGGAUUUACUAUCGCGACAGUGCAUCGAAACUGUUAGGUGGUGGGAUAGUAUUAAAUAUCUAGACCAAGAUUGUGGCGUGAGGCGGUGGAUCGGCAUAGGACCGGGUAAAGUCGGCCGUAAUUUGGUCGGAAAGGAGGUUGGGAGAGUCAUGGCCAAGGGCGGAGGCGUCUGGGGAAUAUCCGAUCCGAGAGAGGUCGAGGACAUUAUGCUGGCUCUUGAACAGACCGAGCUUACAGAUUCAUGACUACACCGUAGCUCUCACAGCACACGGAAAUCACAUGAUACGAUG